AUCACUCAUCACACACACAACGUGACAUUCAAACAGAAGUAGGAUAGGAUGGACAUUGCUCGCAACUAACGACCAAGAUCUUGAUCUAAGGAAUGAUAUAAAGCGAUAUGUGCAUUAAGAGUUAAAGAUAUAUCAAAAAAAUAGCGAUAUUGUCUAGAUAAAUGUUUGCUUUAUAACACUGGCAUACUGUAAGCCCUUGGUGAUAGGCAUACAUGAUUUACGAGUGAGAUUUUAGGUACAGAAUCAGAACUGUAAAAUGAGAGAUCCAAUGAAUAGCAACGGUGUAUCCAUUUACAAAGUGGACACGGAGGAGGUCGAUAGUCGGUCAAAUACUGAAUUGACUGAUUUAAUCAACAACGCUAAGAUUCAUGUAUUAGAACGGCCAAAUCUUGUAGCUCUUCGUAAGAAAAGACUUGAACGCGAUAACGCAGCAAUGAAGGUUAUCAGUCCUUCAAUUGCAGAACGUGUUCUUGGAAAGAGUCCACAGGCGAACUCAAGUGAAAAAAAGGAGUCAGCUGCAAUAUGUAUACAAAGAUAUUUUAGAGGUCAUAUGGGAAGGAAAGAAUAUGUUCAUCUUUUGUACAAACAAUUUGAAAAGGAUGAGGCAGAGAGACAGAAAAAGAUUGAGAAGCAAGUGGAGGAAGGACUAGUAAUUGUUGAUAACUACCACCUGACAAUAGAAAUGGAUGAAAAUGACUGUAUUAGAAGAAAUCAACACAGAAAAGAAAACUGUAGUGCCAUGACGAUUCAAAGAGUUUGGCGAGAAUAUACGAAGAGAAUGCACGCGAAACUUGCUCAAUUGAAUGAGGAAAAUGAAAAUUUAUCAUGGAGAAAUAAUGAGGAUUCAAAGUUUAAUGAUUUAUCUUUGGUUGAAUCAACCUCUAUGGCUAAAUGUCAUGAAGAAGUCUUAAUUAAGAAGCAAGAUGUACAUCAAUCAGAUAGCGAAUCUGAACAGGAAUCAAGUGAUGUGGAAUUGUAUAUCAAAUCUACGCUGAGCACAAGCGUUACAUCAGAUAAUUCAGAAUCAGUAGAUUUAAACAAAGAGCUUCCACCAUCGUCUACAGAUUGGGAAUCAAUAGAUCAUUGCUUAAAUUCAAACGGCUUAGAUAACUCUGAUUCACAAUAUACUCCUGAUCCGAAGGUGAUCAACAGGCUGUCAAUUGGACCAGACUAUUUGCAGUUGUGUUUUGAAGAUGACAAUGUUUUAUCUGAUGAGGAUAGAACUGAUCAUGAAGAUGCAGAAAUAAAAGAAUACAUUAUUGAAGACAAUCCGUGGGAUGAAUCCUAUGAUUCGAAAAAACGUGAUUCCGGAUGUGUAAUGAAAGACGAUGAACUUUGUUUAGAACCACUUGAUGUGAAAAUAAUUAAACCUGAAGAACUUGAAGGUACACAAAUAACAGAUGAAGAGACAAAUCGUGUUCUUACACAGCUAAAGUCUGUCACUGAAACAGAAAUGGACAUUGAGAAGGCAGAUAUCUUUCGAAAGAAAUUGGAAAGAUUUAGUGUAAGGCAUCUAGAGACACAAAUCAGAGAUCUCAAGUUAAAAAUCAAAGAUGUAUCUGAUCAAUUGGUGAGAGAAUUACUUAUACGAGACCAAUUGCAUACAAAACAAGAUGCCCUUUUAAUGGACGUUGAAGAUGCAGUGAAAUACGCUCAAACUAGUCACGAUAUGUUGAAGAAAAAUUCCAAAUAAAUACUAUCAACCAUUGGGUUGUUCGUACACCUACUGAAGAAUACUGUUUGCAUAUGAGCAGUUAUGAACAUUUGUGUUUUUACACAUUUGAGUUCUUCAAGUUUAUUCAGCAUUGCUGAAGAUAUUAUGAAUGAUUCAACCUCUGCUGAAAUAAUUGAUAUAAGGCUGUUCGAUGGCAGUUUCUGUGCAUUCUUGGUUUAAAAGACACGGAAUGAAAUUUUUAUAUGUAAGUAUCUACACCUCUCCAAAUGGCAGAGACGAAACUGGACUCACUAAAAAAUACACUUGGUACAAUAUAUAUAUAUAGUAUAAUAUGUCUAAGAAUAAUUGGAUAGAAACCUUUAGAAGGAAUUAAGCGGUACAUUACCAAAACUUGGAUACAAGAGAAUGAGAGGGAAAGAACUUAUGACCAUGUUUUAUGUUAAUUAAAGUAACGUGUAAUCCAGCUGAGUCUUCGGAUUUUUAUGAUUUGUUUUUUCUAACACGUCUGAAUAUUCAUAUCUGAAAUGUUAUAAAUUAUACAUUUUAGCGAAAUGAA